GAGCCAUCCUUAGGUCGAGCCACCCCCACAUCUCUCCCGUGUUUAAAUAAUCCCCCUUGAUAUCUCGAAAAUUUCCCGCAAAACGUAUCCGGUGAAUUCACCCGAUUGAAUUCAAUUCCGUUACAUCGCGUUUGACAGGUCCGUCUUAAUGAACUCCACUACAUUAAAUUGGAUGAGGUGAUGCUCCAUGUGCUCGCGGCAUGGCAAUUAUGCAAUCCUGUUGCUGUUGGCGAUCCGUUCGCAGGGGAAGUUUCGCCUGUGCCAUCUACACCGGGGUUUACUUCCUCCUUAUCGCCAUGUCGACGGGCACUGUACUUCAGGAAGAGGAGGAAUAUCUCUACGGUAAUCGCUCAAUGCCCAAAUCACCAAGUUUCCUGGAGCAUGAAUCCGUAUCACCAGUCACAGUCAGAUUCAACAUCACACUGCUAAUAUGCUCAUGCUGUGGAGUUGUCGCCUGUUUACUUCUGCUUUAUGGAUUACUGAAGGAUUAUCGAUUAUUGAUGUUACCCUGGAUCUGCACUGUCAUCACUUGCAGUGUUGUGGAUAUUACACAUACGUUCUAUUUAUUCUGUUCAGCAUCACUCGGCUUCAGCCCAAUCAGCGCACUGGUCUACACACUUGAUUUUUUUCUACUCUGUCUCAAUAUUUAUUCCCUCUUGUGCGUUAUCUCGCAGUAUCAAGAAUACACAGCCGGAAGAGGUAGAGCGUCAGACGACUGUGAGCACAGGAUACCAGCCAUUCGUUAUGCAGUUCAGCCCACCACAACAGCUACUUCAUGUCUGAGUUCUCGUCGUACGCCGACAAACAAUGAUUCUAAACUCACCACAUCCACCACUCCAGCGCAGAGUCCCACGACAUACAGAACAAUUUUAUCGUCGGAGAAAAGUGCAGGGAGCAAAACAACUCGGAAACAUGUACAAUUUCCCGAUACUCCACCGUCAAGUAGUCAAGCGCCCAAAUCAGAUAACAGCGGUGAAACUAUCGGCUGGACACUGGACAAUGAGAAUCCCACGGUUCCUUCGCGACUUGUGCCACCGAGCAACAAUUUUCAUCACACCAAUGGCCAAUCCUAAAAGACUUCUACAGUAUUUACCUUUAUUUUCACUCGAAAAACCAUUAAGCGGAUAAGAAUAAAGAAAAGUACAAAUACUAAUAUUUACUUCUUGGGACUGGUAUCGUAGUGGAAUAAUCCAGAAAUGAGGAGAGAUGGAUUCCGCGUGACUUCAUAAAGCAAUUGGAACGUGGUUAAUCGUUGACACAUUGGCUAAGCCUCAUCGACAUCCGUCGACCAUAAUUACGUUGAAAUAUACGACCUCAUCUGUCGCAAUUGUGGAAUGAAACGACUGAACGAAUUCGCGAAGUGAUUCAUGUUAUUUAUAUUGACGAGAGGAAUUCAAUCGCACUGAGAAUCGAUACAUUGAUAUCCACGAAGUAAAAAAUGAAAUCAUCUUGUGCCAUUCCAGCUCUCCAUCUACACUGUAGCCAGAGGAAAAACGCCAAACACGCAAUUCUUCACAGUCUCCUGGGAAAUUUAUUCGAUUAAUCAUAAAAGAAAGGAGAACAGCUGAAUAUUGAGAUAUCCAUGACCUCGACUUUCACGACGUGGUACAGGAUAAUGACUGGAUCUAAUCUCUCUAAUCGUCUCCAUCUGUUUCGUACUGAUGUGCAAUGAUAAGCCAGUAUCACUGCAUUCAUAAUGAGUGAUCGCAAUCAACCGGAAAAUUAGUGUAUUGGAUAAUGCAAGUGCAUACAUUACAGCUCCCGUAAUAAUAUCUUUUAUUGCACAUUGGAGAUUAAUCGUUCGUGCAGAACCAGUUAUGGAGCUUCAAUAAUUAUAGAACUCAAAUAAUCGAUAACUGGUCAUGAAACACACGCGCUGGACUGCUUUUGCCGGACUAAUCUCAUCGAGCGGUCAAUAAUUGCAACGAUAUUCAUGAAUAUCGUGUUUAUAGUUUACAAGUUUUAGGGGAGUUCAUCUACGGUGAUGUAUCUGUAUAUAUGAAGUCAUAAAGUAGAGCUUACUUAUCCCUACCUGGAUUCGCUGUGGCUCUACGUGGAUUUUCAGAGUAAUUACCCGAGUUGGUUCAUCAGAAGAACAGAAAUUGGGAGAGACUCUGCAAUAUUGGCUGUGGCAUCGACAGUCCCGCAUUGAUGGAAUACAAUGCCCUUCGUCGUGGCACCGAUUGUUCCAGUUUAUUGGGUUCGUAAAUACCCAAAAUCCAACGUGGGAUCCAACUGGGAUUACAAACUACCAGGUUCGCUAUCCCAACCACAAGUGCAGCCAUGAAACUCCAGUAAACGACACCCAACCCGCCGGGGAUUGCAUCCAGGUCUGUUGAAAACAUUAUCUGGCCUGUCACAUAUGCGAAGAAAAAUGUACAACAAAAUUAUCCCAGAGAUGUGAAUAAAAGGUAUCGAGUAACAUACGCUCCACGGUAGAAUGGACGUUUGAAAGGAUUCGUUUAUUGACAUCGCAUCUCUAGGAGAAAAGGCGAACGAUAAAAAUUGUAGAGUACUUUUUUUCUAGAAAUUUUUAUUAAACUUUUUAUUUAUGUCUUCGUGAGUCCGGGUAAACCCAGUGGCACCUACUCACCAUCCAUUUAAUGUCUCAGUGUGUGUGGGUAGAAACGUAUAAAUAUGCUACAUCAAUCCAGCUUAAAGACA